AUGUCUUCGUCAGCAAGUGAACAGCUUCUUCGGAAACAAUUGAAAGAAAUCCAAAAAAAUCCUCCUCAAGGUUUCAGUGUGGGAUUGGUAGAUGAUAAAUCCAUCUAUGAAUGGGAAGUUAUGAUUAUCGGCCCUGAUGACACGCUUUAUGAGGGCGGUUUCUUCCAUGCAACUUUGACAUUCCCUCAGGAUUAUCCUUUAAUGCCACCAAAAAUGAAGUUCACUACUGAUAUUUGGCAUCCUAAUGUACACCCUGACGGUGAAGUCUGCAUUUCCAUUCUUCAUCCUCCCGGUGAUGAUAAAUUUGGCUAUGAAGACGCAGGCGAGCGCUGGUUACCUGUUCAUUCACCUGAAACCAUUUUGAUCAGUGUAAUUUCCAUGCUCUCAUCUCCAAACGACGAAUCACCAGCUAAUCUCGAUGCAGCCAAGGAAUUCCGCGAGAGUCCUCAAGAAUUCAAAAAACGAGUAAGACGCCUUGUUCGACGAUCUACCGAAAUGAUGUAA